UUUAUAUUUAUUUUUACUAAUGUCGGAAGAAUAAACAUAAGAAUAAACACAAACAAUUUAAGAAGUACAAUAGGAGCAAUCACAAUAGCCUUAAAUUGAAGAACAGAAUAAAUAAGUUAAGGAAGAUAUUCAAUAAAAAGAAGACAAUCAAGAAAAGUAGGAAAAGCAGGAAUAAGCUGUUUAGUAAAUCAAAUAAGAGAUAGAAGCCAAGAAUGAUAAUUAAUAAUAACAAGAAGCUACUUAAUAAGCAGAAACCAUCACUUAAAAGGAACCUGAAUAAGAAAUUGCUUAAGAUGAAAAAAAAGUUGAAGGCGAUUAAGCAAAAGAGCAGGAGGAUAGAUAAUAGUUAGCUGAAAAAAAUCCAGAAACAAUGUCAUCAAAUUUGGAGAAUUUAUUCUUAAAAGCAGAUUAUAGUUUUCCAGUAUUUUAGUAUUCUAUAUUUUAGAUUGAAAUAAAAGUGGGUGAUCCUGUUUAGAAGAGUGGAGGUAUUUCAAACUAUGUAGUUUACACUAUAAAGGGAAAAGAUUGCUUUGGAGAAUUCGAAGCACAAAGAAGAUUCAAUGAAUUCUACACAAUCAGAGAACUACUCUUAGCCAAAUGGCCUGGAUAAUAUAUACCUCCAAUCCCUGAGAAAUCCGUAAGUACAGGAACAGAGAUCAUUAUUGAAAGGACAAGAUUGCUUAACAUAUUUUGUAUGAAGAUGAUGUAGAUUAAACACCUCUAUUAUUCCGAAGAAUUUUAUGAUAUCUUUUUAAGGUCAACAAGUCCUGAUAUAAACAAGGUAAUUUAUUCGUACUAUCUUAAAUAGCAAAUAAGUUAGAUUCCCAAAUAAAAUGUGUUUGCUUACACUGAGAGAUAUAAGCAAGCAUUUUAGAUCACAGAAAUAAAGGAAAUCUCUCCUGAAAUGAUUAAGAAAAUGAGUGGAGUUUAAAUCUUUUUAAAAUAAUCGUCAACAUCUUUGGCCAAAUUGUUAGAACAAGCUAAAUCCUUAAGUUCGAGUAGAAAAUAAUUGAAGGAAACAUUUUUCACAAUCUUUGGACUUAACUUUGCUGAAUAUGAGAAAUAAAUUUUUCAGGAAUGGGUACCUCAAAAUAAAUUGAUAUUUUCUAAUCCUGCCAAUGAUUUUCUAGAACUUGCUAAAAAGAUUGUAUUAUUAAUAUGCUAAUAUAGAGAGAUCCUAAUAACAAUUCUCUUGACAAAAUAUAGGAUUUAAUUUCAACAGAGCAAAGAGACAUUGAUGCAUUUAUUUAGGCAUUCCAAACUAGAGAUUCCUUAAUGCAAUCAAAAUAAAAGGCAGAAUAGAAGUUAAGUGAAGAAUAAUCAGAUUUAUACAAAAUUAUGAAGGGCAAUUCUACUAUGAAAGGUUCCUUUAGUAAAAUAAGUCUAGAGGAAUAAAAGUAAAAAUUAGAACUUCAAUUAAAUGAGGUAAUUAAUAUUCAUAUUAUUUAGACUCAAAAAGAAGUAGAUUAAUAUAAGUUGUUAUUCUAAUUGGUUACUGAUGUUUUGACUUCCUAUACUAUUGAUAAGUUUAAAAAGGACAAGCAUUAGACAUAUAAAUCUAUUUUGGCUGAUUUAGCCUAAUGUGAAUAGCAACAGUUAGAGAUCCAAUAGUAGUUUUGGUCAAAAGUGUAAUAAGUUAUAACGUAAAGUUAAGAACCUUGA